GGAAAAAGGACCGUCACUCCCCGGCUUGCCGCCGGGACGAGCAAACCCAUUCUUGGGACUACAAUUCCCAGCGGGCUGUGCGCGAAAGGGCACGCUGGUUCUUCUGCCGGAAGUUCGCUCUAGCCCUGGGUCCCCCAACUGCUUCCAGAGCCGGAGCCGCCCAGUCGCCGCGGUACCGGGGCAGCUGGGGUCCGGACGGGGGUCGCCAUGAUCCGCUUCAUCCUCAUCCAGAACAGAGCGGGCAAGACGCGCCUGGCUAAGUGGUACAUGCAGUUUGACGACGAUGAGAAACAGAAGCUGAUCGAGGAGGUGCACGCCGUGGUCACUGUCCGAGACGCCAAACACACCAACUUUGUGGAGUUCCGGAACUUUAAGAUCAUCUACCGACGCUACGCGGGCCUCUACUUCUGCAUCUGCGUGGACGUCAAUGACAACAACCUGGCCUACCUAGAGGCCAUCCACAACUUCGUGGAGGUCUUAAAUGAAUAUUUCCACAACGUCUGUGAACUGGACCUGGUGUUCAACUUCUACAAGGUGUACACGGUCGUGGACGAGAUGUUCCUGGCCGGUGAGAUCCGUGAGACCAGCCAGACGAAGGUGCUGAAGCAGCUGUUAAUGCUGCAGUCCCUGGAGUGAGGUGGGCACCCCCACCGGCCCCGGACCCCGGCCUCGCCUGCUCGCUCCCCCUUUCCAGGUCUGGGGCCCACCCCAGCAGCCCCCUCCCUCAGCUGCCCAGGAGGAAGGCACCCAGCUGGGUCUGGGCCACGAGAGAGGAGACUGCACCCCACCGCCUCUGGGCCCCAGCUGUGGGCAGAGGCCACCUCGCGUGUGCUGAGUAACUGUGCCGUUGUCGUGUGAUGCUGUGAGUGUGCGUGUGUGGAGCCCUCAAUAAACCUGUGGUCCCCACCUGG